AUGAUCAUUCUAUGGCUCUUCCCGCUCCUGGUAGCCUCUCAUCCCCUCUAUCACCAUUCACGCUCAGAGGACAAUCUCUUUCCAUACACUCACUACAGCCAGUACCAAAUCUCAGAUGGCACAGGCGGCGAUGCAUACGAACGCGCCAGCCAACUCAUCCUCGAACCGCUCCUAUCCUCCAACGCAAACCUAUCCUCGACACCUUUUGCCGUAUACGAGCGUCUAGACUUGAUGUGGGAAGCCGUCGAUUAUGCUCAUGCUGUCCUCUUUCCCCAAGAGAUUCAAGCUGCCAGAGUCCAUCAAGACCAGUUUCAUUACGAAGCAUUACAAGUAGGAAUGACGAAAAACGACGUGCUGAAACGCUUGAUCCACAAUGUUAUCUACCAAAUCAAGGCCGCCAAGGAUGCUUCGGAAGGACUCGAAAUGGACGAAACACUUUUAGACCAGUUUGAGUGA